GGCCUGCCGGGAGCGGGCUGGGAGGUGGCGGCCCGGCCCAAUGGGUGCGGGCUCCCGAGGAGAGGGCGGAGGAGAAGAGGAAGCUAGCGGGCUGCGGGCCGCGUCCCCAUUCAUUGCAGUGGCCUGCUGAGUAGGGUCCAGUGUUUCCGGAGUCAUGGAGGCGCUGAUCCCGGUCAUCAAUAAACUGCAGGACGUCUUCAACACGGUGGGCGCCGACAUCAUCCAGCUGCCUCAGAUCGUCGUAGUGGGAACGCAGAGCAGUGGAAAGAGCUCAGUGCUGGAAAGCCUAGUGGGGAGGGACCUUCUUCCAAGAGGGACUGGUGUGGUCACCCGGAGACCUCUCAUUCUGCAGCUGGUCCACGUUUCACCAGAAGAUAAAAGAAAAACAACAGGAGAAGAAAAUGGUUGCCUCCAGGAGUCAGUAUUGUUUUUUGCUUUAUACACACCCUGCUACAUGGAAAAACUCAAGACACCUUUCUAAAGGAGUUGAAGCAGAAGAAUGGGGUAAAUUUCUUCACACCAAAAACAAGCUUUACACAGAUUUUGAUGAAAUACGACAAGAAAUUGAAAAUGAAACCGAAAGAAUUUCAGGAAAUAAUAAGGGAGUAAGCCCGGAGCCAAUUCAUCUCAAGGUUUUCUCGCCCAAUGUUGUCAACCUGACCCUUGUGGAUUUGCCAGGAAUGACCAAAGUCCCUGUAGGUGACCAACCCAAGGAUAUUGAGCUUCAAAUCAGAGAACUUAUUCUUCGGUUCAUCAGUAAUCCCAAUUCCAUUAUUCUUGCUGUCACUGCUGCAAAUACAGAUAUGGCAACAUCUGAGGCACUCAAGAUUUCCAGAGAGGUAGAUCCAGAUGGGCGCAGAACUCUAGCUGUAAUCACCAAACUUGAUCUCAUGGAUGCGGGUACUGAUGCCAUGGAUGUACUGAUGGGAAGGGUUAUUCCAGUCAAGCUUGGAAUAAUUGGAGUAGUUAACAGGAGCCAACUUGAUAUUAACAAUAAGAAGAGUGUAACUGAUUCAAUCCGUGAUGAAUAUGCUUUUCUUCAAAAGAAGUACCCAUCUCUGGCCAACAGAAAUGGAACAAAGUAUCUCGCUAGGACCCUGAAUAGGUUACUUAUGCAUCAUAUCAGAGAUUGUUUACCAGAGCUAAAAACAAGAAUAAAUGUCUUAGCUGCUCAGUAUCAGUCUCUUCUAAAUAGCUAUGGUGAGCCCGUGGAUGAUAAAAGUGCUACUUUGCUCCAGCUUAUUACCAAAUUUGCCACAGAGUAUUGUAACACUAUUGAAGGAACCGCAAAGUACAUCGAAACUUCUGAGCUAUGCGGUGGUGCUAGGAUUUGUUAUAUUUUCCAUGAGACUUUUGGGCGAACCUUAGAAUCUGUUGAUCCACUCGGUGGCCUUAACACUAUCGACAUCCUGACCGCCAUUAGAAAUGCUACUGGCCCCCGUCCUGCUUUAUUUGUGCCUGAAGUUUCAUUUGAGUUACUGGUCAAACGUCAGAUUAAGCGUCUAGAAGAGCCCAGCCUCCGGUGUGUGGAACUGGUCCAUGAGGAGAUGCAGAGGAUCAUUCAGCAUUGUAGCAAUUAUAGCACACAGGAAUUGUUACGGUUCCCUAAACUUCAUGAUGCCAUAGUUGAAGUAGUGACUUGUCUUCUUCGUAAAAGGUUGCCCGUGACAAAUGAAAUGGUACAUAACUUAGUGGCAAUCGAGCUAGCAUAUAUCAACACAAAACACCCUGACUUUGCUGAUGCCUGUGGGCUAAUGAACAAUAACAUAGAGGAACAAAGAAGAAACAGGCUAGCAAGAGAACUACCUUCAGCUGUAUCACGAGACAAGUCUUCUAAAGUUCCAAGUGCUUUGGCACCUGCCUCCCAGGAGCCCUCCCCUGCUGCUUCUGCUGAGGCUGAUGGCAAGGUCACAUCUGCAGGUGGUGGGAUUGGAGAUGGUAGUCAGGAACCAACAACAGGCAGCUGGAGAGGAAUGCUGAAAACUUCAAAAGCUGAAGAAUUACUUGCUGAAGAAAAAUCAAAACCCAUCCCAAUUAUGCCAGCAAGUCCCCAAAAAGGCCAUGCUGUCAAUUUGCUAGAUGUGCCAGUUCCAGUUGCCCGAAAACUGUCUGCCAGAGAACAACGAGAUUGUGAGGUUAUUGAAAGACUCAUCAAAUCAUAUUUUCUAAUUGUCAGAAAGAAUAUUCAAGACAGUGUCCCAAAGGCAGUAAUGCAUUUUUUGGUUAAUCAUGUGAAAGAUACUCUUCAGAGUGAAUUAGUUGGGCAGCUGUAUAAGUCAUCCUUAUUAGAUGACCUUCUGACUGAAUCUGAGGACAUGGCACAGCGAAGAAAAGAAGCAGCCGAUAUGCUGAAGGCAUUACAAGGAGCCAGUCAAAUUAUUGCUGAAAUCCGAGAGACUCAUCUUUGGUGAACAGAACUGUUUGAUAUCCACACUUUGCUGACUUGAACCUGCUAGCUACUGCCUACCUGAGUAGAAGUUUAUUUAUGAACUUUUGUGUAUUGCAGUGUAUGAAUUUGCUUAUGUGAAGACUGGCUAUAAGCUGAAAAGUAUAUUAUUCACUACAAAAGAAAUCACAUGUUUAAUUGACAUUUUUCAAGUUUCCUAUGAUGUAUAUCAAGUCUGUUUCCGUCAAACUUACAAGAACAGUUGAUGUUCUAGUUGUACAAAGCAGUUUGCCUGUGCAUAUGAUGACCCACGUAACCUUAUUUUAGUCUUAAAGUUGCAGCUGUAGUCCUCAAAAAGGAAGCUCCAGGACAUUUCCUGACUAUAAUGCAUGCACUAUUUAUAUAGACUGACCUGGCUUUAAAGGAUGGAGCCUGGCAAGUCCUCACAUAAUCAAUGUAUCCACCUAUCCUUCAUUUUUAUAGUCUUAAAAAACAAACAAAACUCUGUAACUUUUCAGUUUUAAAAAAUAUAUAAGAUCUGAAAGACUCGUAAAGAUGUAGGAACAGACUGUGUAAUUAAUGGCUCCUGAGUCUACACUGAACUGUGUUAGAAAUUAAAAUAUACUUUGAUUCAAAAUAAGCCUGAAGAUAUGAAUUGACUUUCUGCAUUAAAAACAACUAUUGGGAACUUUCUUAAUAACAAUGGCUAGUCCUGUUAGUCUCUAAAAGAUCCAAUGAUAACCUAAAUUUCCCUUAUUUACAAAUACAGCAGUUACAAUCCAGAUACACCCUUAAAGUGGGACACUUAACAUUGGACUCCAAGACUCACAGUUAAGUGGGACCUAAAAUUCCAGUCUGUAUCCACUGGUAAUAGCUACUCUAGUUCCAUGCCAACAUGGACCUUUGUUAAAGAAAAAUACCUGGACAUACACAUAUACCUAAAAGCUUAUGGACUACUAAACUGUAUUCAAGGGUUGAGGGUGAUGUUUACAACCUAUUCUGUGAAAACUGCCUGUGCAAUUCAUGUUGUAACCCAAGUGUUAAAAAAUUUUCUGACCUAGCUGGGUGGUGGUGGUGGUGGUGGUGGUGCACGCCUUUAAUCCCAUCAGUUGGGAGGCAGAGGCAGGUGGAUCUCUGUGAGUUCAAGGCCAGCCUGGUCUACAGAGUUGAGUUCCAAGACGACCAGAAUUACACAGAGAAACCCUAUCUUGCACCCUCCUCCCCCAAAAUUUAAACCUAAAUAGAAAUCUUCGAUGUAUCUAGUUGUCUCUGACCAAAUGAUACAUUCAUGUUAUAAAUAUUAAAAUUCUUUUCAGGUUAUAGUCACACAUCUUAUGAAAUAAUAUUAGCAAGGAAAACAGAACAUGUUAUCUUUAGCUUAUGAUGCCCACUGAGCAAUCUCAAAAACAUAAAGGCAGUCUGAUACAGUGAGUACACACUGCCUAAAUGUGUGAGCAUACUUAAAAUAUCCUGUUAUCCAACUAUUAGGUAUUCAUGAUUUAUUUUUUAAGAGAGAUAACCACCACUGUAGCCUUUUGAAUUUGUAAGGAGAAAGAAAUGUACCUUUAUCCAACAUUUCAGACAGAUUUUAAAUGGAAGAUGUUAGUUAGCUUUAAAAACGUGCUAUGAUAAUGUACUUGUUAGCACUACACACUUUGUACAAAAAAAAUCCAAGCAAGAAAUGUAGGGAAAGGGGAAGCUUCCUUUGUGUGCUUUUACACUGAGUUGUGUUCUGAAACAUAGAGAUAAUUUCUGGUAUAUUUAUAAGACCACUGUAUGUUCUAUGUAAAUAAAAAUUCUGGUGUGAAAUGGCAUUAAAGUUUGCCAGCAAGUGAA